AGGCCACCAGGGAAAAAGAGGGCGAAGAAAAGAAAGCGAAAUUCGAAGUGGAGAGAGGAGGCCUCUUGCAACCCCUGUGAAAUCGACUGGAAUGGAUUCUCACACACGGUUGGAGAUCUGUACCACCUUAUAGGAGCAACAGAGGAGACCGACUCCCUACAGGGACCCAUAAGGUGUGCUUGUAACUCGUGUACGUGCGAAGCGCCCACCCAUUGUGAUUAUUUAUCUCGUUGCGAUCGCGACAUUAGGUGGCCUUCAUUUUCAACUACGUCAUUUGCACAUAUAGGUUUUGAUUGCUUUGAAUAUUUUCUCGAACUAUUAAGUUUUCAUUGUGAAGCAUGUUUUGCCGGAAGCUUUUAUCGAUCGCGCAACUGGACCGAAUCAGACGAUUACUCUAUUCGACAUCGAAACGGAAACAAUGCGACUGGCAGCGAUGCGAAACAGUCUGAGCAGAAAGAUGUUUUGCCAUUAAAGAUCGUUUUAGGCACGCACGUCCGAUCAAGCCGUUUCGAGUCUAUAUACUUGUCUAAUAGCACCGUGAACUCUUUGUCGAUUCAAGUGUUACGAACUUCACUCUCUACUUAUGUAUAUUUUUAUAAUAAAUUUAAGCUCUCUUCAGAGCUGUUACUUCCUUCUAUUUCCGAACGCAGAAGUAUUGGAUAUUUUAAUUAA